AGGCACCACCUUGCCUGCGAUAAGGCGGUGCCAGGCGCUCUGCCCGGGCUCUCCCAGGCUUUUUCACCCAGCGCAGGACACCAUACCCGGUGUAUUUAAACCGCACGCCACGGGCACCGACUUUCAGGAAUGGACGGAGAAGGGUUUCCAUCGCUUCGCGAAUGAAUGAAAGAUUCAGGCGGCGGUGGAUCGGAUCGGAUCGGUCUCGGACAGCUGCCUAGUCCCGAAGAGUUGCUCUGCUCCCUCGGUCGCUUCUCACCCAUGCAUCGGCAAUGGAACAGACAGUCAUUAAGUACAAGACGACGGGCUGCACGUGGCUGCAAAGUGUCAGCGACCUCGUGGGGUUCCCUUUGGACCAGGUGAACUUCCUGGCCUGUCAGUCUCUCGCCCUCCUGGCUGCCUUCUGGUUCCGCUUGUACCUGAGCCCCCGGCAUGUCAGCCCCGUGGUCCGGCACGCCAUCGCCGCUCUACUGGGCGUGUCUUUCAUCAUAUUUUGCUUUGGCUGGUACUCAUUACAUAUUUUUAUCCUGGUGUUCUCCUGCUACUGCAUCAUGAUCAAAGCAAAUGCAGAUAACAUCCACAGAUACUCUUUCAUCAUAGCGAUGGCCCACCUCACAAUCUGCCAGAUCAGCCGUGCCUACAUCUUCAGCUAUGGCAUCCUGUCCACCGACUUCUCCGGGCCCCUGAUGAUCCUGACCCAGAAGGUCACCAUGCUGGCCUUUCAGGUGCAUGACGGGUUGUGUGGAAAGCCUGAGGAGCUUACGGUGGAGCAGAAGCGUCUGGCUGUGCACUCAAAGCCGUCCCUGGUGGAAUACCUCAGUUACAACCUCAACUUCCUGAGUGUCCUGGUUGGGCCCUGCAGCAGCUAUAAGGACUAUGUAGAGUUCAUCGAAGGAAGGCACAUACAGGGAAGACUGUCAUUGGCCAACGGCAAGCAGAGUGGUCAGGACUCGUGGCUGGAUCCGUCCCCGACGAGGGCUGUCAUUCAUAAAUUACUGGUCUCUCUGGUCUGUUUAUUCCUGUUUCUGACCCUCACAAGAACCUUCCCCGUCGCCCACAACAUCGACCCCCAAUUUCUCAGUGAAGCAUCCUUUAUGUCAAGAGUGACAUACGCCUUCUUCUCUGUUCAAGCUGCUAGACCAAAGUUCUACUUCGCGUGGACCUUAUCUGACGCCAUCAACAAUGCUGCUGGUUAUGGCUUCAAAGGAGUGGAUAAAAAUGGACUGGAGUCGUGGGAUCUCAUCUCCAACCUGAAUAUCUUGGGGAUUGAGAUGGCAACUAGUUUCAAAACGUUCAUUGACAACUGGAACAUUCAGACAGGAGUCUGGUUGAAGUGCGUGUGCUACGACCGGGCCCCACGAUACCGCAUGGCGCUCACCUUCCUGUUGUCGGCCAUGUGGCAUGGUGUCUAUCCCGGAUACUACUUCACCUUUCUCACCGGCAUACCCCUGACCCAGGCAGCACGGAUCGUGAGGAGGAACUUCCGACAUCACUUCCUGUCCUCUGCGGCGCUGAAGCUUGGCUACGACCUGCUGACUUGGGCAACCACACAACUGGCCAUCAGUUACAUGGUGAUGCCCUUUCUGCUGCUGGCCAUUGAGCCCACCAUGCGCUUCUACAGCUCCAUGUACUUUCACUUUCACAUCAUCAGCAUUCUGGUCGUGAUUUCCGGGCACCUCGUUGCGGGGGCCACCAAGCGGCACUCGUACCAGGCCCACCACUCCAACAACAACGUGAAAGGGAACUGACACGGAGCCCCGCGCCCACCGCCGGCGCCGCCACGGCCACACAAAGCCAUCUGUGUGCGGAGCAACAAAGAGCAUUCAGCAGGACCUGCGGCUAAUGGCCACAGGCCCUGCGAAACUCCCAGAAUUCCCAGCUGGUCCAAGGGGCGUUUGAGACUCUGGGACCACACAGACUGGGGGGCGGCGGGUAUGGGUGGGGCUGGGGGCUGAAGGAUGCCAGACUUCAGAACAGAACUGAAGGAGAUACUGUUGGCUGACUUGAACAUCUGGGUUCGCCCGAAAUGAAGAUCUCAAACAUCUCCAUGUUUACGUAUCAUGAUUACCAGGAACCCCUCCUAAAGUCAGCCUUGCCUUAACAUGGACUGAUGUUAUUUAAGGGCUGAUGGACUUUUAAACACUGGAUAACAAGCAAACAAGUCUUCAACCAUUUAUUUGAUAUGUUUUAUAGGCUUGACCAAGUGACGCAGGUAUAAACAUUUGAUUUGGUGUUCUUUUCACAGCAGACUACCUUGAAAGUGAAAAUAUGCUGUAUUUUUCGAUGAGGUAAUGCUAUAAUUACCAAUGACGUCUGAGAAACGUAUUAAUGUGUACUCGUUUAAACACGUCCUUCACAUUGUAAUAAAAUUCUCUUUUUUCCCA